AUGGCUGCCAUCGACCCGACUGUCAAGGGCCUCAAGCCCUCGACCGAGCAGUACAACGGCGCAGGCGAGCGCUUCCUCAUCGUCCACGCCCGCUGGAACGACCAGGUCAUCACGCCGCUCGUCCAGGGCGCCGUCGACACGAUGAUCAAGAUGGGCGUCUCGCGCGACAACAUUGUCAUCGAGACGGUCCCUGGCAGCUACGAGCUCCCCAUGGCGUGCUCUCGACUCAUCGCCGCCUCGCAGAUCCAGGCGUCGGCGACAGCCUCGGACCUCAUGGGCGCCUCGACCCUCCUCGACGCCCCUGCAUCGGCCCCGACCUCUGCCCCGUCCUCGUCCGUGUCCAAGGGCCCGUUCGCCGCCGCCAUCGCCGUCGGCGUCCUCAUCAAGGGCUCGACCCAGCACUUCGAGUACAUUUCGGACGCCGUCACGCACGGCCUCAUGCGCGUCCAGCUCGACACGGGCGUCCCCGUCGUGUACGGCGUCCUCAACUGCAACACGGACGAGCAGGCGCUGCAGCGCGCCGGCGUCGGCAAGGAGACCAAGGGCCACAACCACGGCGAGGACUGGGGCGCGGCCGCCGUCGAGCUCGGCGUCAAGACCAAGCGCUGGGCGACGGGCGCCAUCUAG